AUGGUUGGUUUGAGGCUCGAACCGGCUGGUCUGCUUGUGGGUAGUAGCGCUAUCAAAUUCUCUAGACUUUUAAAGUUACGAAUAUGUCCACGAGAAUCAGAUUGGUUGGAACCACUCAUAUCUUUACUUGAAAACUCUCCAAAACUAAAAGAACUAUGGAUAGAUGAUGAUGGUAUUGCACUUUCAUGGAACCAACCGAUCUCAACUCCGGGAUGCUUGUCGUCACAGCUCGAAACCUUUAAAUGGAAAGAAUAUGGAGGCACAGAGGGAGAGGAACAGUUCUUGAGAUACGUCUUAGCCAACUCUAAGUGUUUAAAUACCGCGAUUAUCGAUAUGAAAUGCACCUUGACAAUGAAAUAUGAAGAGGAAUAUCUGUUGAUGGAGAAGUUGAAAGAUAUUCCUAGGGCUUCAACAACAUCUCAGCUAUUGUUCAAAUAUCUUUAG